AUGCUCGGAGGCGCCGUCAAUCGGGCCGCAAAGUCGUCGUCGUCGGAAUCCGCAUCUCGCUCGUCGCCGUCUCGCUCAGCUUGCCAGCAGCGCGAUCCUCCGCCUGGCAGCUCCAGUAGCUCCAGGUCGACGUCCACUGCUGCCGACAACACCCCCACCUCGUCCACCGUGCCCCCCUCCGUAUCCACCGUCGCCUCGACAGAUGCGCCUCCUCAGCCAGCAUCGCACGAUGUCCCGGGAUAUAUCUCCUCGCAGUCUCAUCACCAUCAUCCGUCCACGCAGACCUCGACGAUGACGAACCCGCAGCAAGGCCACCGGCCGACUUCGGCCGCUGCCCCUCCUCCUUCCCAUGAUCCCCGGUCGCGCCCAACGGACUUGCGACAUCCUCCCCAGGCUGCGCACGGGACUGCACACACGGGCGUCUCCAUGGCCCAGCCAGGCCAGUCGCGGAUGCCCAGGCCGCAGACCGCCGCGAGCGCUUCGUCUCCGUCGUCGCCACGAUUGCAACCGUCGUACCCGUCGUCUCGGUCCCUGGGAGGCUCCGAGGCCACCUCCCCGAGCCGGAUCAAGGUGCGCGACCUGUCGCACAUCCAGAGCUUUGUCAGCGAGGAGCUCAUGGAACAGUCCCAACGAGCCCGACGACCGGGGCGGGGGCUGGAGGUCGGGCGCCAGUACGAGAUCAGUUCGAUGCCGGUGACAGACAUCAUCGAGAUGGUCGCAGGACUGCUGACCAAGAUCACGACGACAAAUGACAUGCAACACGAGCGCCUCCAUCGGCAUAUCCCCCCGCCCGACGGCGCGUCCAAUCUCAGCCCGCAGGCGAGCAGUGUCCUCGCCUUCCACGGCAAGAACGUGCCCAGCAUCACCAUCCUGAGCUACCUGACCCGCAUCCACAAGUACUGCCCCACCACGUACGAAGUCUUUCUCAGUCUUCUGGUGUAUUUCGACCGCAUGACGGAGAUGGUCAACCGUCGCCCCAAGCGGAGGCGCCGCCGCGUGGAUUCCGCGGCGACGGCGGCGACGCCCACCGCUCCGUCGUCCAGUGCGUCCGUCAUGACGCCUCCGUCGUCGAGCGGGACGACCGCGCAGGACCCUAAGUCGCCCGAGUCGUCAGCACCAUCAUCAUUGCAGCUCGAGGAGGAGGAGGAAGAAGAGGAAGAUUACUCCAACUUCUUUGUCGUUGACAGCUUUAAUAUCCACCGGCUGGUCAUCGCCGGAGUGACCUGUGCGAGUAAAUUCUUUUCGGAUGUUUUUUACACUAAUUCUCGUUAUGCGAAGGUGGGCGGCCUUCCUCUUGUUGAGCUCAACCAUCUCGAGCUGCAAUUUUUGCUGCUGAACGACUUCCGACUUGCAGUACCCGUGGAGGAGCUGGAAGCAUACGGGACCAUGCUGGUGGAGUUCUACGCUCGCGAAGUGGUCGCUCAGCAGCUGCAGAAGAAACAAGCUGCCCUUGCUGCUGCAAAGCCGUCCGCGGGCCUGGGGCCCCCUGGCGGCUAUCAGCAGAAGCGUGGAGAGUCGGAGUAUAAUAACCAGACGCCGACGCCCCCACGGUAA